GCAGCAGCGCAACACCACUUCCAAUGUUCCGGAGCCUUCGUUCGCGCACGUUCUGGUCAGCACACUAUCACGACGACGCCGGAAGCAUACUUGUCUGGCUCGAAAAAGCACGCCGCUGAAGUCCAAGAUGAGAUCGUCACGCAGCGAAGGCACUCCAAACCCGCCCAGCUACAUUGAUCCUCGAAGUCUCAUGGCACCGCCGCAACGCAACCCUCUUACCGGCGCGCCAACAACUACCUUCGCUGCCCCCCGCAUGCUUCGCACCCUCUUGCCGACACCCCAGGUGGCAGCAGCACGCCCUGAUUUGGAGACAACACCACUAGAUCCCACGAUGACCCCGGCGGGACCGAGCAGCUCGCUCUCCUCCCACUUCACAUACGACGAUACAUACGACGACUUUGUAUUCACACCGCAGGGACCGGACGCGAUGGAUAUCUUAGUGACAGGCCCUGCUGGCAACACGCCUUUUCUACAGCGUGCGAAGCGGGCACCGGAAGAUCAGACUUCGCCGCAUCGGAGCCCAGGACGGAAGAGAAUGGGCGAAGUGGCACGUGAAGAUGUAGCCACGACAGCAGCGGACCCCGUCUCUAUGGAUGCUUCUUACAUUGCUGAGGGUGCAGCUCUACUCUCUACUCUUGCCGAGAACGUGCUUCCCCACGAAAGCGAUCCCAGCCAGCCCAAACCCGAAGUCCUGAUCUACGCCCCAGGUCCCCACACCGGACUCUCUCUCGAAGAAACUGAACUCGAAUAUCCCGUUUUCUACUAUGACAAUGCUCCUGCCUUCAAACGCUUGUUCGAGGGCGACGAGAUUCGGGAGGCCGAGCGGUAUGAGCAGGCGAGGGAAGGAGGAGAAACGUGGGAAGAGAGGCUUAGGGGAAUGAACCGCGAGGGAUUCACGCAUAGAGCUGGAAAUAGAUCUCGCAGCACGUCCCAGGCCCAGACGUUCGUUCGUGAGAGUGUAGAAACGGAGGGAGGAGGAGGAAGAGGAGGAGGAGGAAGAGACCAAGAUGAGAACCAGCGCUUUGAACAUCACGGAGCUCAGCAGUCCAAUCUAGGUGAAGGCCAGCAGGUCGACCAGAGCGAACACCAAAGCUUCGUUCAGCACCAGGACCAGCCCUCCAACUCGAACGAUGGCCAACAAGAGCGUCACGACAAUGAUCCCUCUCCAAGCCCUCGGCCACCUAUAUCCAACUCGGUUAGGAGAAUGCUCCACGCGCGCGCCCUCGCCGAUCCCGACUUGAAACGCCUAAUCACCGCUUCCCUCACCGGCCACGCCACCCCCGAGGAGCGCGAGCUGGCCAGUCGCCGCCUCAAAGCGCUACACCACACUCUUACCCAAGAGCAAGCUGCUUCAGAAUACCGCGCCGCAGAGAUGGCCAGGGCCCUCGAGGCGCAAAAAGCAAUACUCAAGACGGUGGAUGCAGCUGCGAAGGAACAAGCCCUUCAAUCCCGCGGCUUCAGAUCCACGCCCCUGCGACCACGACCUGAGCUCUCGAGGGAAGAGAUGGUGCUGAGAUUUGGUGAACGGGCUACCGCAGCGCACUUGGCAACGAAGGCGGCGAGGGCAGCUGGUGCCGAUAGCGCGGAGCAGGCGGCGCAGGAGUUGGAGACGUUGACGAGGGGGGCGCCGUCAAUGGAAGACGCGCUGUACCACCGGAGGCCUGGGAGGGGGAGUGCGCGGGUGGGAUCGCUGCCAGAAGGGUUCACUUCUACGCCGGCGAGGAGGGCGCCGCGGAGUGAGGUCGUGGAGGAGCCGGUGGAGAUGGAGUCGUCGUGGGAGAAUAUGUAGCAAUUCGACUUCCAGAACCGUGAGGGUGGUCAGAACGAGGGUUAGAUAAGUACAUGUUGGCGCUUAAAGGGCUAAAAGCGGUAUGAAUGGCGAUGUUCCGGGAAGAGAGUACCUGGGGAUAGCUAUGUC